AGAGUAAUUUAAAGAAAAAAACUUACAUUGACAAAAAGAUUGACGUGUUUUUUUUGGUGUAAAACAUUAUCCACUUUUCUCGGUAAACAUACUGGAAACACAUGAAAAAUCGAAUGACAGAGAAAUCCAGAGCAUCAGACGACGAUAAGUCGCCUGAGAUGAAACAAGAGAUGCCACCAGAAAAGCCUGACGAAGUCAAAGUGUUUGGUUGGAGGUUCAACAAAGCUGUGUUUGUCACUCACAUCAAUAUCUUUUUGUAUUCAACAUGUUUCUGGAUUCAGACAGGCACAUUGCCGUAUUUAACAAAGAAGCUUGGAGUAGACCCUGUAAUGUUUGGUUACCUGCAGACCACUUUUGCAGUUGUACAGCUUGCAGGUGGACCAUUAUUUGGACAGUUUGGUGAUAAGAUGGGUGGACAAGCAGCCAUGAUGUUGGCAUUCUUUUCAGCAAGUUUGUCAUAUCUUUUGCUUGGGAUGUCAGGGACUUUCCUGAUGCUAUUUAUAUCCAGAUUACCCUCUGUUUUUAUGCAUGCUAUGCAAGCUGGACAAAUGAUUGUGACAGACACAAGCAGUGAAAAAGAGAGAGCUGGUGCACUUGGAAUGCUGGGGUUAUCUUAUGGCGUUGGCAUGGUUAUAGGACCGUUUAUUGGAGGUCUUGUUAUAAAGUUUUUCAGUGAACAGUCUGCUGCAUAUACAUCAUUUCUUGGCUCUCUGUUAAGUGUGUAUUUAACAUGGCAGUUCAUUCCACAGAAGACCAAGAGAAUAGUCGUCACAUCAGAAGUUAAAGAACAAUCAUUAUUGAGUAUAAAAAAGAUCUUACAAUUAGCCACAGCUCCUGGUGCUCUGUUUCUACUUACAGUUAGAGCUCUAGCAGGCAUUCCAAUUGGUGUUUUCCAAAGUAUGUUUUCAGUUGUUGCUAUGGAAACAUUUAAAUUAUUACCUGAACAAAAUGGCUACAUGAUGUCAUAUGUUGGAAUUUUAACAAUGAUUGUACAGGGUUUAGGAGUUAAAGUUUUAACAAAGAAAUUUUCAGAAAAUGACAUUUUAAAGUGGUCCAGUUUUCUGCUAGUGUGGUCGUAUCUGGCAUUAGCCUUUGUAAAAGACAUUUUUCAGAUGUGUUUAGUAAUGACACCAUUAGUGGUUGGUUUAGCUUCAUCUAACAUCGUAAUAUCUAGUGCUUUAACUAGAACAGUCUCAGCAUUAGAUACAGGUGUAAUGUUGGGACUAAACAUGGCUGUGAACUCAUUUAUCAGAAGUUUAUCACCAACAGUCGGAGGAUAUUUGUUACAAUAUUUUGGUUUUCCCGUAUUUGGAUAUUUAGGUUUUACUAUGUUAUCUUUUGUUACAGUUUUAUUAUUUAUAAAGUUUAGAGAAUAAUUAUGUUAAGUUUUAUACAUUUUGUACAUAGGUAUUUAUUUUUAUAUAUUUGUUUCAGAUUAUUGUUUAGGAUUAUUCCAUUUAAAUGGAUGUGGGUGGGUAGGAAAGGACUUCAAUUAUACUUCAUUACCAUCAUACUUUUUUUUUAAUAAUUAAACAUACAUCAAAUGGAUAAACAAUCAUAAAAGACCAAUAGUCUAUUUCAAAAAAAAAAUUCAAUUUGUAUCCUUACACAUCAAUAGAAUUGCCAUUUGUUAAUGAUGUUCAUUAUUUUAUGCUAAAAUGCCACUUUUUCAUCUUUUCAUCUAUGCAUUAUAUAUUUACUAUGAAAUGAGACAAUUCCUCCUCUGUAAGUAUUAAUUUAUUCUAUCAAAUUUUUGUCCCAAACUUAUCAUUAUAGCACUAAGCAGGAAUAAAUUUAGUGUUAUAUUCUUUAAUUUUCUGUAUAUUUGUUUAUAGAUAUUAAAGCUUAGUGUAAUGUACAUAGGGAUCUUUAUUUAUGUGCUUUUCUAUAUAUUUAAUCAGGAAAUGUCUUUAUGAAUAUGAGGAUUUAAAAAAUAAAAAAAAGUGAAGAAUGUUUAUGUUAAGAAUUGUAUAUAAUAGAUGUAAUUUAGAACACACCUGCAAUAUCUUUGGUCCAUGCAUUAAAGUUCAUGUGUCUUUUUUAAGCCUGACUUUUUAGAAUUGGUAUGUUUAUCUGAUAAAGUCAUACCAUUCAUAAUGUGUUCUGUUUUAUCUGCUUUCAAAAUUUUUCUCCUUGAACCUACCCUAGGUUUCUACUACAAUGUCAGGAAACUACAUGUGACAUAUACUAUUGGAUAUCAGUUUCAGAUUUCUCCUGGAACUUGUUAAUUAUUGGUAAAAAUAAUCAUGUUGAAAAUGAAAGGGCAUGAAAUGAUGUAAUUUUAAAUCAAAAGUACAGAGUUCUCGAAAGUUGUUGUCCCAGGGAUAUGACCACCACAUUUUUAGGAAGCGCCUACACAAUUUUACAAUUGCAAUAGAAAUAAUAGCAAGAACCUGCAAAUUUUCUUCAAAUACUACCAUGGAAAAAAAUAUUUCGAAAAAAUUGACCUAUAUGAGAUAUAUAAAGUUGCUUUUACUCCUCCUUAGUAAGAAAUAAUCCUCUUAAUUUAGAAAUAUAUAUUAGUUACACAAAAAAGACAUAGAAUGAAUAUUUCUGAAACUCAUGGAAUGUUUGUAUCAGGGUUGUCAGGUUGUAGGCACUUAUAUUAUUUUUUUUGUUUACAUUUUUCUCUAUUCAGAAAGUUUUGUCCCUUGUUUUGAUUUUAGCAGCUCAUUAUUGUGGAUUCUUUAUAUUUUUACCUUGUUUGUAUUUUUGUCUUUUGUCUUUUCUUUAUUCAUUUGCAUUAUAUGUGUUUUUUCUGUUUUCUUUAUUUUCCCCCACAUUAUCUUCUAUAUUUUGUUAACUCCAACCAGACACAGGUAUAAUUGAUGCAAUCUGUUUAAACUAAGUUUUUGGAACAUUAGAAAUUGAUUUGAUACAAUAUCUAUAUAUUGGUGCUGGACUUAAAAGAAAGCUAUUCCACUGUAGACAUU